CUAUGUAGAAUAUUUGUUGAAAAACUUUUGUAAUAAAAUAUUUCAUAUCGUUUGUGAUGCGCAGGUUUAACCAGCAACAUGAUCACGAAGUAAUUUAAAGAUUAUACGUAUAUCGUUUUUCUUACUUGAAUUAAAACUGUACGUUUAGAAAUAGUAUAUUAACGUAAUUAUAUUUAGAUUUGAUUAUUAUAGAUAUGGAAGUAGUUAGAAGUAUAUGGAAAAAUCCUGUUUUAUUAUAUAAAACCGGACUACGAGCAUCAUUUAGAAAUAGUAGUAGUUCUGCAUCAAAAGUGACAAAAAAAGAAGAUGUUUCUAUACAAGACAAUGAUUUACAAUUAUCAAAUAUAAAUGCAGAUAUAAAUACACAAAAUGAUGUAACAUUUAAUGCUCUUGUUUCAACUGAAGAAUUACUAGCACAAAUAGGAUUGGCAAGGGAAUUUGCAACAGAUAGUAAAGUUGAACAUCCUUAUGUUGAUAAAUUAAAAAGAGUGCAAAUGAUUUUAUUUGAUUUAAGUCAUGCUAUAUUAAAACCGAUGCCAGGAAAAAGUAAAGCAUUUGAAAGUAAACACAUCAAUGAUUUGGAAGAAUGGAUAGCAGAAUAUGCCAAUCAACUACCACCUCAAGAAACCUAUAUUAUUCCAGGUGGUGGUAAGGCUUGUUCUACAUUACAUUCAGCGAAAGCAGUAUGCAAACGAGUAGAAAGAAAUGUUGCAUUUUUGGUUCAAGAUGGUUUAUUGAAUAAAGAAGCACAAAUAUAUCUAAAUAAAUUACAAAACUUCUUACUAACAACAUCACGUAUUGCAGCCAAAUGUGAUCAACGUACAGAAAAUAUUUAUAUUCCUAGAGUAGAAGUUGAAAAAAAUGAGGAAAAGUAAAAAUUAUGAAAAAAA